AUGCCUGAAAUAGCUAUCUUGUGGAAAAGACUCCUACCUCUCAAAGUGCAAUGUUUUCUUUGGUUGAAAGUUCAAAACAGAGUUCUCACGGUUGAUAAUCUGAUUAAGAGAGGGAAAAUUUUACCGAAUAUAUGUCUCUUGUGCAAGGAAGACGAAGAGAUUAGUGAUCAUCUCUUUCUCCAUUAUCUGUUUGCCAGUGGCAUUUGGAUGUGGGCUUUUGACAAGCUUGGGGCUGCAUUGGUAAUGCCACCGUCGGUGAUUAGGAUUCUUUGUAAUCUUUCAGUUACUUUACUAAGGACUGGGAGUGUUGUAUGGCAAGCCUUUAGAGGUGUCAUUUUGUGGGAGAUCUGGAGAGAGAGAAAUAGAAUAAUGUUUGAAGGUAUCUCUUUGCUGGUUGGAAAAGUUUUGGAGAAAAUAUUGCAUUCCAUCUGGUUGUACCUCUUUGUUACGAGUUGCGGACAUAAUAUUUCUGAAGUGGAUGUGUUACAUAAUCUUUUAAACCUUUUCCAUUUGGGUUUCCAAAAGUGUAGGCCCAAAGGCAGAUGGAUAGUCCCACCUUUGGGGGUUUAUAAGCCCAACUUUGAUGGUAGCUCAUUGGGUAACCCGGGUCUUGCUGGUUUUGGAACGGGUCUUGCUGGUUUUGGAAUGGUUCUUCGGGAUUGCAUGGGUAAUGUGAUCUUCUCCUAUGCAGGGCCACUUGGGGUGCGGACUGCAAAUUAUGCAGAGAUCUUUGCCCUUCUCUUUAGCCUUCAUUCCUUUGUGGAGAGGAAUUUGGGGACUUCUUACUUUAUUGAAGGGGAUACUCUUAAUGUUGUGAAAUGGUGCAAAGGGGAUCAGAAACUUCAUUGGGAGUUGAAAUCUUUAUUAUUUUAG